UCACUCACACUGUCACUCCGUACUGUCUUUCACACUCCUCUUCCCCCCACACACACACCGCUCCUCUGCCCUCCUCCAGCGCGCUGUGCGCGGUCACGUGAGGCCGCAGAGACCGUUAGUCCUCCAGCCGGCAGGAGGCGACAGUCAGCGAAGAUGGCGGACAGGCUAACACAGCUUCAGGACGCAGUCAAUUCCUUGGCUGAUCAGUUCUGUAAUGCCAUUGGAGUGCUGCAGCAGUACGCGCCGCCUGCUUCCUUCAGCAACAUCCAGACAGCCAUCAACAAGGACCAGCCAUCAAACCCCACAGAAGAGUAUGCACAGCUUUUUGCAGCCCUGAUCGCAAGGACAGCUAAAGAUAUUGACGUGUUGAUUGACUCUCUACCUAGUGAAGAAUCAACAGCUGCUUUACAGGCUGCUAGCCUGAGGCAGUUGGAGGAGGAGAACCAUGAGGCAGCAGCACGACUGGAAGAAGUGGUGUACAGAGGAGAUCUACUACUGGAGAAGAUCCAGAGCGCCCUGGCCGAUAUUGCCCAAUCACAGCUACGCACACGCAGCGGUACAUCCAGCCAGUCCGCGAGCCCUGAAUCAUGACUCGUACUGUUUCAGGUCAAACAAGGACUGACAUGCACUGCAGGGACUUUUAUACUCCAUAUUCACCCGUUGUAGGGAAGUAUUCAUUGACAUUUCAGCUGAGAGGAGAACAACUGACAGAGCUAUAAUGGGAAGACGGGUGUUCUGAUGGUGCCUGUGUUCCAGCCUCUUCUUAAUAAUGCUUACUAAUAAGACAACACUUGCGACAGUGAAGUGGUUGUGUGAUCGUUAAAAGCCUGCCUGUUCGUAACUGUCACCACGUGGAUCUUUGUGAAUGAGCCUAUUCACGCAGCAGAAUACAUGGUACAGUCUGAGGUGUUGAUGUUCACUCACUUACAAUAGUCUGAAUAUGCAUCCUAUGGUGAUGAGAGAUGUUUAUUUUUUCAAAGCUGCAAGCCUUUUUAUUCAUAUACCACAGUGUGUGUGUUAAUGAUGAAUGUUUUUGCAUGGGUGUUUUUUUUGUUUGUUUGUUUUUUUUAACCCCCACCCCAUGCAAAAUUACUUGUGUACAGUAUUCAUCUUUUCAUCCUGGCUUAAAACAAGCAGUUUUUGUAUUUUGUGUAAUGUAGAGCCGUGCUAGGAUGAAAAGAAGUUUACACUUCAAAAGAGACAGUUGUGUGAAGAGGUUUUGUUCGCAUCUCAUUAAGGCCAGAUCUCAAAUAUUGAAUAUUAAACUUGGUUGCUAAUCAAAACGCA